AUGCCGGUCGAACACAACGUUCCAACGAGAUACCUGAAAAAGGAAAAGCUAGAGGAGCUUCUUGGGGAACUAUUCCCCGAUCAUGAUCCCAUCAAAGUCACCAUACGUGGCGAUGAACAAUUCGUCUUUACGGCCCCUGAGGAAGUUCCUAAUGAGAAAAUCGAGUGA